AUGAUGGGAGAGGCGUGCCCGCCUCCCUCAAAUAGCGGUGACGCGUACUGCCGAGUCGCCGGCCCCGCCGUCGAUGCGUGCGACUAUCGCGGAACCCUCAGCACCACCAGGUAUGGGCGAACAUGCCAGAGCUGGAGCGCCAACUACCCUCACAACCACUCACAGAUCACGGCCGAACUAUACCCCGACGGCGGCCUCGGCGACCACAACUACUGCCGCAAUCCCGACCGGAGCGAGGACACCGCCUGGUGCUACACCACCGACCCCGAGCAGCGCUGGGAGGAUUGCGACCUCCCGAGCUGCUCGCAGAUGGGCGCAACCGUCGACGGGGACCCAACGCUGGGCGGUGAGGGACUGCCCGGCGCGAUGACAGACCAGAUCGGCGCCUUCGAAUCCUGGGCGUCGUACGACACGGAGCCGUUCUAUGACUCGGAGCCGGCCUUCUCGCCCGAUGACAUGCACUCGUACAGCCACGUUUACGGCGGCCUCGGCGGGAUCGACACGUGGCUCGGCAUCGACGAGGCGGCGGCCUUCGCGGCCGACAACUGCACGGGCACCUGCACUGGCCAUGUGGUGGAGGGGUGCUUUGCGUGCCGAGACGAGUGCGACUACCGGGGCACGAUCAGCACCACCAAGUACGGCCUGACGUGCCAAAAGUGGAGCGAUCACUCGCCGCACAAUCACACGCACAUCACGCCAGACACACACCCGGGCACUGGCCUCGGCGACCACAACUACUGCCGCAAUCCCGACCGGAGCGAGGGCAGCGCCUGGUGCUACACCACCGACCCGAGCCAGCGCUGGGAGGACUGCGACAUCCCGGCACCCGAUGCGGAGGUGUGCGCACCAGAGGGGGAGUCUGGCGCCGCGCCGGGCGACGAUGAAGGAGACUUUGUUUUUCCGCCGAGCCUCUUCUCCCCGAGCCCCUCCCCCUCGCCACUCCCACCGCCCAAGCCCUCGCCGUUCCCACCGCCACCGACGCCUCCACGGCCACCGUCAUACCCUCACAAGACCUUCGUGGAGACGGUGGAGGAGGUGAUCGAACAAAUGGAGGAGCAGGCAAAGGAGCACCCCGCAGAGGCUGGGGGUGCCGUAACUGGCGUGCUCGUUCUCUCGGCGGCCCUUUGCUGCGGCCUCUGCUACUUGUGCCGCCGCAAGGGGAAGCAGGACCGCAAAAUGAACGAGCUGCGGGUGCGCGAGCGCGCCUUCGACGCGGAGAUCGCGCGCUCGAGCACGGAGCUCGCCGACGAGAAGGCGAUGCAGUGCAAGGCAUCGACGGAAAGCGACAACGAGGGAAACGGGGAGCCUGCCACCUGA